AGCCCCCGCCCCGCCCGCCGGUUGCGGUGGCCGCGGCUCGCCCAGGCGCCUGCUCAGUGCGGGACGCGGCGCGCGGAGGGCGGCGACGGCCGCUGGCGCUCAAGCAUGGCGGCAGCGGCGCUGGGCAGCUCCUCCGGCUCGGCGUCCCCGGCUGUGGCCGAGCUCUGCCAGAACACCCCUGAGACCUUCCUGGAGGCCUCCAAGCUGCUGCUCACCUACGCUGACAACAUCCUCAGAAACCCUAAUGAUGAAAAAUAUAGAUCUAUCCGGAUUGGAAACACAACUUUUUCUACUAGACUCUUGCCUGUCAGAGGAGCCGUUGAAUGUUUAUUUGAAAUGGGCUUUGAAGAGGGAGAAACACACCUUAUCUUUCCUAAGAAAGCAUCAGUGGAGCAGCUGCAAAAAAUUCGUGACUUGAUUGCUAUAGAGAGAAGUAGCAGAUUGGAUGGUUCAACUAAGAGCCACAAAGUAGAGUCAUCUCAGCCACCUGCAACUGGUACCCAGGUUUCUACAACAGAGUCUCCAAAUCCUAAUGGGUUAGCCCAGCAUGCAGAAAUCCAUCAAGGACAGUCAUCAAAUUUGCCAUCUGCUCCAAUGGUUACUGCUAAUUCACCUAUUCUAAAAGCUCUUCAGUCCAACAUUCAACAUGUGCUGGUCUAUGAAAAUCUUGCGCUCCAAGAGAAAGCAUUGACUUGUAUUCCAGUCCAAGAACUAAAAAGAAAAUCACAAGAAAAGUUAUCUAGAGCUAGAAAAUUGGAUAAAGGUACUAAUUUAAGUAGUGAAGACUUUCUUUUGCUGGAGCUUUUGCACUGGUUUAAGGAAGAAUUUUUUCACUGGGUGAAUAACAUGUUGUGUGAUAAAUGUGGUGGACAGACUAGGUCUAGAACUAAAUCAUUAUUGCCCAAUGAGGAUGAGCUGAAGUGGGGUGCAAAUAAUGUGGAAGAUCAUUACUGUGAUGCAUGCCAGUUCAGCAAUCGAUUCCCCAGAUAUAAUAACCCUGAGAAACUUUUGGAAACAAGAUGUGGACGGUGUGGCGAGUGGGCCAAUUGUUUUACACUGUGCUGCCGAGCGUUAGGGUUUGAAGCUCGCUAUGUUUGGGAUUACACAGACCAUGUCUGGACAGAAGUCUUUUCUUCUUCUCAGCAACGGUGGCUGCACUGUGAUGCAUGUGAAGAUGUCUGUGACAAACCACUCCUUUAUGAAAUAGGAUGGGGCAAGAAGCUUUCCUAUAUUAUAGCAUUUUCUAAAGAUGAGGUAGUUGAUGUCACUUGGCGAUACUCUUGUAAACAUGAAGAAGUGAUCUCCAGAAGAACUGAGAUUAAGGAAGAAUUACUUCGAGAGACUAUUAAUGGGCUUAAUAAGCAUAGGCAACUAUCUUUAUCAGAAAACAGAAGAAAAGAACUUCUCCAGAGGAUAAUUGUGGAACUUGUUGAAUUUAUAUCUCCCAAAACACCUAAACCUGGGGAACUUGGUGGAAGAAUAUCUGGGUCAGUGGCUUGGAGAGUAGCCCGAGGCGAAAUGGGCGUAGAGAGAAAAGAAACUCUGUUUAUCCCCUCUGAAAAUGAGAAGAUUUCUAAACAGCUCCACCUUUGUUAUAAUAUUGUGAAAGAUCAUUAUGUUCGAGUUUCAAAUAACAAUCAGACCAUUUCUGGAUGGGAGAAUGGUGUGUGGAAAAUGGAAUCCAUAUUCAGAAAAAUUGAAACAGACUGGAACAUGGUAUAUUUAGCCCGAAAGGAAGGAUCAUCUUUUGCUUAUAUUUCCUGGAAAUUUGAGUGUGGGUCAGUUGGCCUGAAAGUAGAUAGCAUUUCCAUUAGAACAAGUAGUCAAACCUUUCAUACUGGAAUAAUACAGUGGAGAUUGCAGUCUGAUACAGCACGAGUAGACCUGAUAGGUGAUAAAAAUCUUCGCUCCUAUCAUGAUUUUUCUAGUGCCACUGAAGUUAUUUUGGAAGCAGAAUUAAGCAAAGGAGAUGGUGAUGUUGCUUGGCAACAUACCCAGCUGUUUAGACAAAGUUUAAAUGACCACGAAGAAAAUUCUUUGGAGAUAAUUAUAAAAUUCAGUGACCUUUGAGAACUUGAACAUUGUAGAAAAGCUGGCAAUAAUCAAGGACUUAAACCAUGGUCUAAAGUAGUCUGUUGGUUCAGUGCAUGCUUAGUUGGCAAUUUACUACUCUGCGCUAGCAUAUUUCUUUUGCUAGCUAUCCAUCAUGUAACCCUUAUGAAAAUAUAUCUUUAUACUGUGAACCAUAAUGAAAUCUUGAAUUAAAAACUUCUUCCAUAUGUGACUAUAAUUUGGAGUAAAGUCUUGUUGGCCUAGUGAGCUUUAAUCUAAAAACUGUAAGUAUAGUUUAAGAGUUAAAUGAUGGUAUUCAUGAUUAAGGAUGAUUAAACACUAUUCAUGAUAAUGGUAAAAUCUUAGGCUUAUAAUAGUAACUUGACAGUUUCUGAUCAGCCAUUCAUUUCUUCGUAAGUGGUUCAUUAGAUUUUCUUAAGAUUUUUUAAUUUUUAAUAAAUGUGAAAGUAUAGUAUCUCAUAAGUUAUAUAAUGCAUGAAAAUUUUUAUGAUUGUAAAUAUGUAGGCAUUUAAGAAAUAAAAUGAAUUAUUUUGCCUUA